GCAACAGCCCAUAGAGAUUUCGAAAUCUUUAAGAAAGCUGUGUUAGAUUUUUGUGACGUGCAAUCUUUAGCUGAAGCCAAAGGCCUUGGAAGAAGCAUGGACUGCUCGUUUAUGAGAACCGUCCGUUCUGGAACUGUGGAAAGUUUUUGUAUUCGUACCCAGAGACAAUGGGAAAAUGAAAUGGCUCUUCUUCUAGAACGCGACAGUAUUUUGCAAGGUAUGUUGACCACGUUGACCGAUUUUAGCACUUUGAAUUAUUUGUCUUUGCAUUAUAAAUUAUGUCCGCUUACUGCUUGCUGUUGGUCAUUCUAAUAAUAAUGGCUUUUGUAUGCAUUUACGAGCAGAUCGACAGAACGAUGUAAGCUAUUGUAGAAAAACUUUUGAGUGAUUUUGAAGCUAACUAUUUUUAAGUCGAGAAUUUCAAUUCAUGAAGUUGACCGGCGAGUCAGCGAGCGCCAUGACAGGUGUCAGUCAUUGCAGACGUUUUGACUCAUUCAGCGAUUUUCGCGUGAUCCGGCGCUAUUCUUUAGUCUCUUUAUACCCUAAGAAACACAGCUUUUAGCUGGGGGAGAUUCUUAGCCUAAAUGGUCGUUUCCCGCUACUUUAAUUCACAGUGGAUGUUAUUCCCAGAGUGGUUACAUUUGCAAAACACACCCCUGUCAUCCAAUUAGUCGUAAACAGUAAGCCUUCAACCCCCACAUCCGAGGAAACAAGGGGCAGAAAAAGAAAGAUCGUGUCAGAAGAUGACAAAGAGAGGAAAAGUGUAUCGCUGAAAGAA